AUGACUGUCAUGUGGACCUUAUCGGAAGACAUAGGAUAUGUGCUUUACUCGGCGCUAGGUAGUUUCUACAUCCCCUCGUGCAUUAUGGUCUUUGUCUACAUACGCAUUUAUUUUGCUGCAAAAGCUCGAGCGAGACGUGGAAUCCGGAAGCAGCCUCGUCCACGACCUACGAUACAACUCGAGUCACAGGAUAUCCGACAGACGAGUUUCACUCAAAGCACACCACCAACUGGCACAAGAAAAAUGCCGAGUUCAACCAUGGAAAACGUGGCGACAAUCGAAAAUCAGCCAGUUCAAAUUCCAAUUGUCACCUGUGACUUUGCCAGUGACGUAAGCACUUCCGAGGCUGAUCCCGGCGGAAGCAUUGCCAUGGAGGAAAAAGAUACGCUUAAGGUAUCAAUGGUAAUGACUGUACAGAAGACAAAUCUCAAAGCCAGUCUAUCAUCGAAUGGUGAAGGUCAAUCGAGUGUUAUGUCAAGGUGUCGUGCACCAAGUGUAGGUAUCGAUGUGGACAUGGUAUCCGAAUUUGAUCCAUCGUCAUCAGACAGUGGAGUUGUAUCAAGAUGUGCAGUGGUGAAACCAUUAAAAAUACGUCUCUGCCAGCCAAUUUUCGGUAAGAAAAUGAUGGGAAAAUUAAAACGUGAACACGGCGAACAUGGACGUCAUCAUGGAAAGGAUAUUUCUUCCAUUGAGGCAAAACCAGCAAAGCCACGCGAUCCAGAAAGGGAAAAACGAAGACUGGCAAGGAAAAAGGAGAAGCGUGCAACAUUAAUACUUGGUCUAAUCAUGGGCAGUUUCAUUGCUUGUUGGUUACCAUUCUUUUUCCUCUAUAUCGUUAAGCCCCUUUUUCCCAAUUUAGCAAUACCAGCUGAGGCAUUUGCAAUUGCCUUUUGGCUCGGCUAUAUGAAUUCAGCGCUCAAUCCAGUCAUUUACACCGUCUUUAACAAGGACUUCCGAAGAGCCUUUCGAAGGAUACUGUUUAAAUGAGCCUAUUCUGGUGUCAUAUUGACACCUUAAAACAGUUAUUAAAAAAAUUGAACAUUUUUUCAUUGAAUCUUUGAAAAUUCACUCAGUGCUUGCGCGUGUUCACCUCGUUAUACUCAUCAAAUGAGAAAUUCGAACCUCCGUAUAAUAAUUCUUUUUUCUUCAUUCUUUCUUUUUUGAUUAAUUUUAACGGACCAAAGAAGACUUUAUCUUCAUCGAGAAUCUCGAUUAAAAAGAGAAAUUUUUUAUCAAAUAUCAGAAUGAGAAAAUUUCAAUUAAAUAUAAAGAUAUUAAAUAUCUAAUAAUACCUUAUAUUAAAAAACGGUAAAAAAGAUAAAUGGAAAAAAUAUUAUUUGAACCCAGAAUUAAAUUAAUUUUACCAACUAAAUCAAUCACAGUCCAUUUUUAAUCCAUAUUUUCGAAAAAUGAUAUUUCUCAUUGAGAUAAUAUUUGAUAAAAUUUUCUCUAAAGAACCGAGAUUCAGUUUCCUCGCCGAAAAAAAGAAAAGGGAGUGUUCUGUAAACGAGGUGUCGUGGCUUGAAAAACGGAAAUGAGAAGAAAGAGAAAAACAUAAAAAUAAAAUUGCGGUCUCUUUUGCGAAUUUGCAAAAUCCAUAAAAUUCCGCCGGAGUAAAAUAUUUGUGGUACGACGUCCGAACGAAAACUACUUAGUGUCCUCGCGCACUUUUUUACUUUCUCAAAAAAAGAAUAUAAGCACUCGAGUGUAUAUUUCAAAAAAACAAACAAAUAAACCUAAUAUAGAUAUUAUCUCCCCCUAUAAACAAAAAUAAAACGCAGGUUCGUAAAAACAAACAUAAAUAAAAAGCGAAAUGACGAAAAACAAAAAAUAAAUGCCGAAAGUUUUGAGACUUUUUUAAAAAUUAUUCCUAUAUAGAACAAAAAAAACAUCGAGUUAACUAACUCGAAAUUCCAAAACAUCGAAAUCGCUAUAAUGUCCGUGUAAAUAAAUCAUAAAUAGAACGACUCUCAAUGUAAGAUACAGAAAGAAAGAAAAAAAUCUUGUUUAAAUAAUUUUUAAAAAAAUACUUGUGUAUAGUGACAAUUCGAAUAGACGACACGGCUUCUUUGGAAAUCUUAGAAGAGAAGAAAUAAUUUGACAAAAAAGAAAACUAACACUUCAAGACCAAAUAAUAAAAAAAUGUACAAGAUUUUCGAAAAAAAGAAAUUCAUCCCUUUAAAAAGUAUUCCUAUAGAAGUAAAAUAAUCACUAUGUCAAAAAUUUUCAAUUAUAGAAAUUCUCUUUGUAAAAAAAAUUUAAACAAGUAGUCUUCCGCGCAUCAAAUGCAUUAAAUUCAUCGAAAAAUAAAAUUAAAUAAAUAAUAAUAAACUGGAGACCAAUCAAAUUGUGAAGCGAUAUAUUAAACGUAUAGAAUUAACAAAAAAAACUAUUUCCUAAUUGUUAGAUUUGUUUCUACAUGAUAUACAAUAUAUAAAUAAUAUAUUUAUUGUUAGAUUUUUAAACAAAUAUGUCAAUAGUCCAUUUCUUAAUGACUUCUAUAGAAUUUCCGAAGGAUCCUGAACGUCAAAUAUAUAUGUAAAUAUAAUAAAAAAAUGUAAAGAAAUUAAUUAAUUAAUUAUAAAAAGCCUGCGAGUCAUGAAGAAAAUGUAGU